UUGUUAUAAAUAGUAUUGCUUCAGUCGCGAAUAUAAAGCAUUUGCAAGUCAGAUCUUUAUUAGGUUUAUAUGUUACCUGGAGACUUUUGACAUGAAACAGUGUUCUACCAAGCGUUGUGAACACUGUGUCUGCACUAUAGUGGUCUUGACUUUAUUUGUGCUAACAGUGAGCAGCCAACCUUUACUGGACAAUGCUUAUACUUUGAAGUCAUGUGCAAGUCCGGAUGCUCCCAUCGUAAUACGCGAUGUCCUGGUCAUGCCGGAUUCACUGGUCGUCCCUGGCACCAUGAUCCUAGCCUACACCAUGGAGGUUUUGAAAGAGAUUAAAGGCCCCAUUGGGGUGGACUAUAAAAUAGAGAAGAAUAUAUUUGGCGACCAGUGGAUGACCUUAUCAUGUCAAAACACUUUGUACGGGUCCUGCUUCAUUCUGAAUGUCUGCAAUAUCUUGGGAGACCUCUUGCCCUGUCCUACGUUCAUGGAAGGACAUAUUCCUUGUUCAUGUCCAAUUAAGCCAUCAAACUACAUCAUGGAUCCGUUACCCAUUCCACUCAUGGGAGGAGCUCUUAUCACUGGGAAGUACAGAGCCACUUUCAAGGCCAACAACUUUGAACUCGGCGAACUGUUGUGCUACAGUCUUGAACUGGAGAUUAGUCCUGCCCCUGCCUAGUCCAUAAAGACCACAAAGCCGCCUAGGGCACACAACAUUGAUCUGCUGGAGAAAGAGAGUAGACAAUGUUGAAUCUCGAAAGUUCGUUUUAUGACAAUAAAUGAAAAACAAACAAAUAACAAAUACAAA